AUGGAUGCCACGAAAAACAUCGGCACGGAACACGCGAAGUGGUCCCCUGUUGCGACAGCUGGUUACAGGAUGCUUCCGGAAGUGAAUUUGAAAACUCGCGUUGUUGGUGCAACUGCGAAAAGACUUGUGAACCUAUGUCCGGCGAAGGUGUUUGAUAUUGAAGACGACGUUGCGGUUGUGGCACGACCACGGGAUUGUACUGUCUGCCGCGAGUGCAUUAGAGAACCCGAAUGGGAGGAAAGAGUUGAACUCACACGAAAGCGUGACCUUUUUAUCUUUUCUGUGGAAAGCACUGGGGCCAUGCCUGCACCUACUCUUGUCACAGAAGCACUGUCUGUACUUACCGGCAAGUGUGAUUUGGUGCUUGCAGCACUGGACGCAGCCCUUAAACAAUGGACGACUCACGAUAACGGUGUCGAUGAGGAAAAUCCGGACGUAGAAAUGGACGAAAGUGAGGGAUCCUGA